AUGAUCACAGAACAUUUGGUUACUGAGAAUAUUUCGGAGCCUUCCAAAGCAGAUAACCUUUCUGAGUUGUCUGAACAUGUUUUGGAAGCGUGGGUUGUGGUUAGUAUAUCAGCCAAAAGUUUUUUAAGUGACAUUAAUAAAGUUUUAGAUGAAUAUCUGUACAAUUCUCAGACAUAUGAACAAGUUGAAAAUCAUCAGGAUGAGACUUUGAGUGGUUUUAAAUCAAGUCGAAAGUUUCCAGAAAGCAAAUUACAGCUUGAAAGAUUGGUCUCAAAGUUGGAAACUCCAGAAAUAAUAGAAGCUUUAGAUUGUAUAUACAGAAAUGACCUUUCGAUACAAAUCCUAGAAAACUUUUUAGGUAAUUCUCUGGAUUAUGUACUUUCAAAGGAGAUCACAUUUUUUUGGACUACUUUGCUUCUACUUGGUGAUGUUGAUACAAUAGAUUCGAGAAUGACAAGUAACGACACAAAUUCUGUGGGUGAAAGCUUAAAUGAGAAUAAGUACUAUUCUAAAGAUAAUAGGAUCAUUGCUCCUGUUGAUAAAAGUAUUCUCCCUUUUCACACCUGUUUGGUUUUUGGCUUGGUAAGGUUACUAUGGAAUAUUGUUUUUGUUCUAUAUGGAGCAGCUUCUCUGGUUAAUAUUCCAGUUGAAGAGAAGAUUAUUUUUUUGAACAGUUGCUUUUCACUGAAUGAUGAAGUUUUUCCUAAUAAUCUCAGUGAAUCUCCUCUUCGUAGGGUGAUUUAUAGUUUUAUGACAAAGAUUCGCCUAUUAUUCAUUGAAAGCAUUCCUCCUGGACUUGAUUCGAUAUUUGGUAAAUACAUAUUUGGGAUUAUAACUUCUUUAUCUGAGAAGAUGCUCAAUAGUGAUGACUUUUCAAUUAAGAACGAAAUAAAUCCUUUAAUUAUGAGGGAAAUUUUACUAAGAAUUAUGAUCAAUAAUUCAUUUGGUGAUACAAAAAAAAGAAUGGAGAUUUGCAAGUCCAGAUUAGAGGAUCUUCAGCAUCUCUAUGAGCACAAAGCAUCUAAGGUAUUGAGUUUAAAUGGCUCAUUUCCAUCAAAUUUAGAUUUUGAGACAUUGGAAUUAUUAAUCAACCUGAUUGGUUCCAACAUUGGUGAAAAAUACCUGGACCAGACAAAUUCAGGAUUUAGCAACAAUAAUGGAGUAGAAGGUGUACAAUACAACAAUGUUGAAGAUAAGGAUUAUUGUGACAAAAGAAAGAUACAAGAGAUUCUCAAAGUGAUUUCCCAAGGUCCAAUUUUGGAUGAUUUAACUACAAAUGUCUCAGAAUUUUCACUUGAAACUCUUUCAAGGAUUCAUACAACUCUAUUAGAUGAGUUAAUUUGGCUACUUUUUUGUUCAGAGGAAAAAGGGGCAGAUUAUAUGUAUAAUGGAAUUAAAGACAUAACUUUGAUGACCAGACUUGGAGAUCUUCCAAUUUUGAUGAGGCUAAUAGGUCUCGAGCAUUUCUGGAAACAAAGAGUAAUUUCCAUGUUCAAGAUUCAUUCUGUCAGUACUGUGUUGUUUUUAGAAGGAAGGAAGACUGAGGAGAGCAAUCUGAGAAUAUAUUCCAAAUAUGUUCACGAGUUUAUGGGACCAAUUUUAAUGGGUUUAUUGGAUGGAGGAUUUUGUUAUAUUAAAGCUAAGGAUCCAAAAUCACUGAAUCAGGAGAAUAUUUUUAAGAAAAAUGCAAUAAUGGCUGAUUACCAAGUAGAUAGUAAGAUUAGAGAGAAAGAGUUUGAGCCAGUGAAUUGUGAUUUGACAUUUCAAAUUAUAUUUGAGGAGUUUUACAUGGAAUAUAAUUGGAGUCUGAAAAGAAGAGUUGUAGAGCUAAUCACUGAUUUUCCAGCAAGUAAAAGUGCAAUUUUAGACCUUUAUAUCACUAUGAACUACUUACCAAGUAGUGAUAUCUUAAAAGAGGUUUGGUACUCUGAGAUUUCAAGGGAGAUCUUAAAUUAUGUGAAUGGAAAGUUGCUUCAUUUACACGUGGAAACCUCAAUGAUUGUAGGGUUUUAUGUCAAAUCAAUUAUAUUUUUGUUAUUAUUGGAUUUCCCAAAUGAAUGGAUGGACAAAACUUUGACUAGGUUUGGGGAUGCUUUGAGACAAAGAGGGGAUACAACACAAUGUAUAGUCAGUUGGAUGCCAUUAAUGCUUGAGAAUUGCUCUCCAGCUAUGAGUGAUUCUGAGAUUAUAAUGCCUAUAAGUUGUUCCGAUGAGGGUGUUUACCCUCAAUUUUCAAUAUGCAAUCCAAAUUACAGAAAUGAGUGUAGAGGUUUGUUUGAAAGAUCAUUUGAUGAAAUUCAGGACUAUUCACAAAGUUUUCAGAGUCCUCAGAUAAAAUUGGUACUAAAUUGGAUUUCUCAUAUUUAUGGUAGUAAUUUAACUCUAUUAUACGAUUAUAUCUUUAACUUGGCCUCAAAGGUAAUUGGGAGUUGGCAAGACGUGGGAUUUGAGUCACAUUCAGUGGAUGAAGGGGGAAAAGGUAGUAUAAUUGAUGAGUAUACUUGGAAGAUUGAUGAGAGGCGUUUUCAGAAGGAUGAAUCAGUCUAUGAAAUGAUAAAGAUGACUAUAGAUGGUAGAAGUGGAGAUAACUUGCUUAAAGGAAAUUUUGUAGGCUCAAAGCUUAAUAGUAAAGAUGAACAACAAUUACUAACUAAUUGUAGCAUAAUUUUGCAAGAUAUAAGUGGCUCAAUUUCUGAUAAUAAAGAGUACAUCAGUUAUAGAGAAGAGUCAAGGAUUACUGAUGAUUCAAAACCAACCGUGGCAGUAUUUACAAUAUCAAGGAGUUAUUGGUCACAAAGUGUAAUUAACAUGGAAAUAAGGGAAGACACUUUUCCUUUGGCUUCAGUAAUACAGGAUGAAAUUGAAGAAUAUAGGCAAUUUUUUGAAAGAGAGCAUCCUGGAAGGACUUUCAACUGUUAUAGCGGAUACGGAAUUGGCCUGGUAGACUUAACAGCAAUGGAUGGUACUGUGAAAAGUAAUGUAACUUUGAAUUUUCUUCAAAUAAGCAUAUAUGACUAUAUCUCAAGCAAACGUCCAGAAAAGAAUUUGGAUUGUUCAGAACGUGGAGCUUCAAAGGAUGGAUUCCUUGAUUCGGAUAAACUGAUAAGUUCAAAUUCUAUUUUAAAUUGGUUUACAAUCAGUCCAAAAGCUACUGAAAGAUCUUCUGUUCAUAUAGAUAAAGCAUUAUUAGACAAAGAAGAAGAAGUUAUAAUCACUUUUAUGGAUCUUUUGAAUCAUUUUAGGUUGGAUGAACAGACUCUCCGUUGGAGUGUUGAAAACAUGUUGUCAAAAGGAAUUAUUCAAAUGACUAUUAAGGAGGAAGGGUUGGAGUGUUUUGAUAUUCCACAAACAUUUAGCAACGUUAAAGUUAGGAAAGAAGCAGGUUUUGAGGAACAAGAACAAUGCCAAGAUACGUCUACAUUAAAUGUAGACGAAAGCUUCAGUAGUUCAAGGAGAGAAGGUGGUCUUAAUUCCGAAGUUAACGACAUGACAGUAAUGUUAGACUUCAAUAAUAUUCUGAAUAGAAGUAAAACCUCUUCAUUUGGUGGUUUAAAUUGUCAAAGAAGUAACUCCCUCAAGAAAAGCUUUACAAUAUCAAGCCUUAUGGAGACUCCGAAAAGGGGUUUUCUUGAAGAAUCAGAAGAGAUAUCCAGUGAGAGAGCAAGGAGGGAGGAUAAAGAAAAGACUUGCAAUGGCCAGUACCUAACAAUAGAGCACAAAGAAACUGAUGAUUAUGGUAUACAAGAAGAAGAAUGUGAUGAAGAAGAUGAAGACCUAAAUCUAAAUUUCCCAACUGGAAUAAUUACUACAACAAUUUCGUUCAAAGGAAAGGACUUAUUACAAGAUUUAAGGCAUCAAGGAGGAACUUCAAGCUUUGAUGGGCCCUCCUCUUCAAAACUAGGGGAAAACAAACCCGGAAGCUCCGUGAGCGGAGGAAAUCUACCUCCAAUGAUUGGUUUUUCAGAAACCUACUUGGAAAAAUAUUGCUACUUUACGACUCCCACUGUAUUAGAUGAAGAGAAUCAUGGAUUUGAUUCUUCCCCUGGUAACGCCAGGUCCAGCAAAGAAAGGGAACACGCCAAAUACGAUAUUAUAAAGGAGUGUGAACUACUUAUCAGAGCAACACUUCAACUAAACGGUGCAAUGGCUCCGGCUGUGCUCUUUGGGAGAGUCAGAGCAGCGAUUGCAGGCCAAAGUGAAGACAAACACUUAGAACAAGACUCUUGUGGCAAUCAUGACUCUGGGACAUCCCCAAGUUCUGACACACAACACACUCUGACAUGGCCACAACACGUUCAAGCAAUAAACAACAUGGUAGACAGAGGAGAAGUUUACAAUAAGGGCGGAAGACUGUUUCUUGAGAAAUAG